AUGCAUCACGACAACGGUGCACCCGUUCGCGUCAACACUCCCGAGGAACCGACCUCUGGUAUUCACCAGGCUGCCCAGGCUACUGGCGCUCACGACUGUGCCAACAUGAACGGUUCUCAGAACCACACAGUUGUUGAUGCCAACAUGAACGCUAUUCUUCACCAGUUCGGCGGCCUUGGCAUUAAUGGCCUUCCCCCUAUCCCGGGAAUGAUCCCUAUGGCGACCCCUGAUGGGCGCAUUGUGCAUGUUGCUGCUAACUAUCCGACUCAUACUGUCUCGGCUCCCGGAGUCCAGGCAUCUGGCAUUCCUACCUUUGGUUAUCCAUCCACUCAACCUGAGGCUUAUCCGGGCCCUUAUGGCGGUCCUUACUAUGCUCAUGGAGGUUUUCAGCACCACCCUAUGCUUGCCCUUUCGCCUUACACUCCGGCGCGCACCAGCAGCGCACGAGAACACACUGACACCAGCUCUCGAGAUGUUCCAGGUCUGGACAUUCGCCGUUCAUCUUAUUCGACUAAUGAGUCUACCCCGGCUACGCCUUUCCUUGGAAGCAUGACGUCUCGAGACCAGGGUGCUCGUGUGACCGUGUUCGACCGAUCUACCUAUACAACUCCCUCGCCCCAUCAGAUCGUGGCUGCUGAAGCUCCUCAGGAGCCAAAGUCCCCUCUACUCGACCGCAGCCCCAAGAUUCCGUUCGCUGUUCCGGCUGUCUUUACCCCUCCUGAGAACAUGAAGACGCUUGAACAGAGCCUUGUUAACCCUAUUCCGGGCAACAGAAACGUGUACAUCCGCGGCCUUCAUCCCACUACGGACGAUGCUCUUCUGCUGAAGUAUGCAGAGCGCUUUGGUCCUGUGGAGACCUCCAAAGCCAUCAUCGAUUCGAACACUGGUGCUUGCAAGGGAUUUGGUUUUGCCAAGUUUGUCGAAGUUCGUCAUUCCGAGAAUUGCAUCCGCGGAUUCUAUCGUCGAGGUUACGAAGUCGGCUUUGCAAGGGAGUCGUUCAACUCGCGACUACGAGCUGAGGGUGAUGAGAGCUCAACCAACCUUUAUCUUUCUAACCUUCCAAAGAACUACACUGAGACUGAAAUCAAUCUCAUUUUUGAAGGUUACACCAUCUUGUCCAGCAAGGUCCUUCGAGACAGUUUGGGCAACAGCCGUGGUGUUGGAUUUGCACGCUUCGAGUCACGCGAUAUCUGCGACGAGAUCAUCAACGAGUUCACUGGUAAACUCAUUAGUCGUGAACGUCUUCCACUGCAGAUCCGCUAUGCGGAUACACCCGCCCAGAAGGAGCUCAAGCGGGUGACUGCUAAGCGCCGCCAGUACCGCACCAACGAAUACAACGUCAGUGCCUAUGGUACGACCCUUGUGGGCAUGAGCCCUGCUCGCGUUCUCUAUCGAAACGGUCCUUAUGUUUCUGAUGGUGCUCCCCAGGACGGUUCGGGUGGUUUUGGACCUGGACCCGGUGAUGGUGUCGAGAUCCGUGUCGAAUCCCCAUUAGUCGCGCAUGGCAGCAGCCAAUCGUCUCCAGUAAAACAGGAGAAGGAAUAAUAAGUUGCGUGAUAGUAUCCGGUGUUGUUAUUGUUGUUACCGCCUAUUCGGUCUUGUUUUUCAUGGUUUCCGGCAUCACGGCAGAUAUUUUGCUGCCAUAAUGUUGUUACUGGCAUGCGCAAUCUGUUCAUCAGCCCUAAUAUGGUUUUCUGUUGAGUUUUUUUUCCAGCUUCUUGUUGCACAGCUCGAGUUUCUUUACUGAGUUUUAGGGACGAGACGAUACGUUAUGACUCAUCGCGAUGAUAAUUGGAGGAUGAUACGUGGAAAGGUGUGGGCGUGGGUGUUUGAACCUUUUUAUUUUAUGAUAAGUCUUCUAAUGUUGUCCUUACUCUCUUUAUUCAAUGAUGGCAGAAGUUUUUUUUUGGGGGGGUUGCAGAACAUUAGUGCAGCAUUAAUACAAAUUUUGCGC